CCGACAGUAGUCCGAGCCACAGCAAUAAUUAAUUGUGUUAUUUUAGUUUUGCGUGUUUGUAAUAAUUAAACAAUUAUGAUUGUUUUAAGCGGUGUUUUGUGUUUUUGUGCCUUGUUCGGUGGUUUGCAGGGAUCCGCUAUACCUAUGUGGGAGUAUUUGAGUAAACAAGAAAAGACUUCAUACAUUUACUCGCUCUUCGCCAACCAAGUAGAGAAAUUCUGCGAUGGAUCAGCGGUGCCCUUUUGCAACAGGCAACUUUUGAAAUACGGCCUUGGUACCUUGAAAGAUAUGGGAGAUGAUGACUUGGACGCGAUGGAUCCUUACCAAAGGGAUGCUAACAAUAUAAUUUGGGAAACCUUAAUGCAAGGACAUCGUUUCCAGAAAACCACUCCCAAACCACAAAAAAAGUCAACAGCCAAACCCAACUCUUACGAAGACGAAUCGUUUUCCGACUAUGACGAAUACGGUUCUCAAAGUGCCGCUAGUGCAAGAAUCGACAACGUCUACGUCCUCCCUCCACCAAAAGAUUUUGUAGUCAAAUACGUUGAAGAAUUUCCAUUAAAUUCCAAAGCCAGCAUCAUAGACAUAAUCAAAACUCCAGACGGUAAUGGUGUUUUUAAUCGUUUCCAAAAUCAAUAUCGCCCCAUUAGUGUUACUACUGAAAAAGUAGCUUCGAGCACAAGGAAGCCUCUAUUGAAUAGAGAAAAUGAGUUUUUGACUGGUAGAAUGGUUGUUAAAGUGUAUCCAGAUGGUACUCCGGUUAGAGAAGCCACUCAAAUGCCUCAGGAUGAUGAUUUGAGUCAAUAUCAGCUGCAACAUGUGAAAAUUCCAAACUUUAAUUGAACUAGAGUUUGUUGAGUUGAAGACUUUUGUGCCAAAAAUCGGAGCACUUGCUGCCUAAACGAGUGCAAAAUACUCAAUUAUUGUUAAGAUCAAGAGAAACUUGUCUUAUGUGAUGGUCUAUAUUUACUUUCUUCAUAUAUAAUUUUAUUUAAAAAUUCUCUGUGAUAAAUUACAAUAAUUCAUUUUUAUAUUUUGUUCCCUUUGAUUGAAUUUUUUUUUCUAAAAUUUGUGAUAUUAUAUAUCAAACGCAUUAAUUUAUUGUUAUUUUAUUUAAUAACUGAUAAUUGAUGAAUAUUUCAUAUAAAAUAGGUGCAUGAAUGUGAUUUUUAAUUUAUUGAAUGUUUGUAUGAUUAUUUUUUUUUUAUUUCGUCUAUAAGCUUUUGUAUUAUACUCUCCUUUUUUCUAUCUAUAUUAAUUAUUUGCGAUUAUUGUAAUAAUAAUUGUGAAGUUUGAUGUUUUCUGACUUGUGCCAGAUAUGAAUCUGGAAAUUCCUAUUAAAAUUUUUUUGUUUUUUUGUUCUUAGAUAAGGUUGUAUUUAUUAUUUAAGAUUGUAAAGUAUGUCUUUUUAAUGAGAAAAUAUAUGAAAUUAAGUUUUGUAGAAAUAAUAGAUCUCUAGCUUUAUUUUACACCAUUACACCUCACCAAUAA